UUGGCUUCUAUUCUGUCCCUAUUCUUGAAUCUUUGCUAGUUUCGAGGCUAAGACCGGAAUAUAGGGAAAGCCAUAAAAUGGCUCAAGAAAAGGCACUUUGUUGUGUUAGGUACCUAGUGGCAUUCCUUCUUAUGUUGUUAACCAUGGCCUCAUGUGGCUCAGGGGUUGGAGUCAACUGGGGAACCAUGGCAACUCAUAAGCUUCCACCAAAUAAGGUGAUCAAGAUGCUUCAAGAAAAUGGUUUUGAUAAACUGAAGCUGUUUGAUGCUGAAGAGUGGAUCAUGGCAGCUCUCAUGGGGACUGAUAUUGAAGUCAUGAUUGCAAUACCCAAUAACAUGUUGGAGGAGAUGAGUAAGAAUCCUCAGGUUGCAGAUUCUUGGGUUUAUGAGAAUGUCACUAGUUAUUUGUACCCUGGUGGACUAAAUAUCAAGUAUAUUGCCGUGGGUAAUGAACCUUUCCUUAAGGAAUAUAAUGGCUCCUAUCUACAGUCAACUUUGCCAGCUCUUAAGAACAUACAAACAUCACUCAAUGGUUGGGGCCUUGGCUCACAGAUCAAAGUCACUGUUCCCUUCAAUGCUGAUGUUUACUAUUCUCCAGACUCAAACCAAGUGCCAUCAGCUGGUGACUUCAGGCCUGAAGUAAGAGACCAGACAAUCGAAAUAGUCCAAUUCUUAUAUGCAAACAAUGCACCAUUCACAGUCAACAUCUACCCUUUCCUCAGUCUCUAUGGAAAUGAUCAUUUCCCUUUUGAUUUUGCAUUCUUUGAUGGAAACAACAAGCCUCUCAUAGAUGGUAAUUCAGUUUACACCAAUGUGUUUGAUGCAAACUUGGAUACCCUUCUCUGGGCCCUAGAGAAGGCAGGGUACCCUGACAUGGAUAUCAUAGUUGGAGAAGUAGGGUGGCCAACUGAUGGUGAUAGGAAUGCUAAUGUCCAAAAUGCAAAACGGUUCAACAUGGGUUUGCUCAAGCAUGCCCUUAGUGGAAAUGGUACCCCUAAAAGGAAAAGCCUAAUUGACAUUUAUCUAUUCAGCCUUAUUGAUGAGAAUGCCAAAAGUAUUGCUCCUGGCAACUUUGAGAGGCAUUGGGGGCUUUAUGAGUUUGACGGGAAACCAAAGUAUGAAUUGGACUUGACAGGACAAGGACAGUAUAACAAGGGUUUGGUCCCUGUGGAGGGUAUAAGAUAUAUGGAGAAACAGUGGUGUGUCUUGGAUCCUCAAGUUAAGGAUCUUCACUACUUGGCUGAUAGUAUUGACUAUGCUUGCAGCCAAUCAGAUUGCACUGCGUUGGGGUAUGGUUCUUCUUGCAACAGUUUGAGUCUCCAAGGGAACGCUUCUUAUGCCUUUAAUAUGUAUUAUCAAGUUAAUAACCAAAAGGAUUGGGACUGUGAUUUCUCUGGUUUGGCUAUAGUCACAGGUGAUGAUCCUUCAGAAAAGGGUUGCCAGUUCCCUGUAAUGUUCUCUUCUGGCUUUUCUUUACUACUGCAGGAAAGGCUAACAAAUGUUCUGAAGAAAGCUUUGGCUAUAUACAUUAUAUUUGUAAUAUUACUAUAGUUGACUGAUUAAAGAAGCCAUGGAGCACUUAAAGAAUGUGCCCCUACAGAUUUUUAAUUUA